AUUUUAAAGUCAACCAAAAGUGAUAUAUAAUACUUAGUCCUUUAGUUUUAGCGGUGUUUAACGUACAGACGGUGAGGUGACGUUAGCACACGGUCGGUGUUCACUGUUUGCAAACCGCGGUGACAGUUUCAUCAGCAGCUCAGUCAGUCAGGGGAGGAGUCGUGCCCUGCAGAGUCCACCUCUGUUCAAGUAUUUGGGUGAUAAAUGGAGGAAUAACCGGUUAGAGAAGAUGAAAAAAACUCAGUAGAAGACGUUUCACGGGACAGGUGCUUCCACAGGACAAACUGUGCUGGGACUGCAGGAGGUUAAGCAUUACAUUGACCAUGCUGCUGCACAGACUGACCCUGUGUUCAAGGAUCCCACUGGAUCACCAGAGACACGUAUGCCGGCUGCUCACCAGACCUCUGACACAAGUUCCCCAUGGGAGGGCCCACGGCAGCUCCUUCGCACACCGCGGUGAACUGCGUCAGGCCAAGAGGAUCGUAGUCAAGCUCGGCAGUGCUGUGGUCACCCGUGGAGAUGAGUGCGGUCUGGCUCUGGGGAGGCUGGCCUCCAUUGUGGAGCAGGUGGCCAUGCUGCAGAAUCAGGGCCGGGAGAUGAUGAUCGUCACCAGUGGAGCGGUGGCUUUUGGCAAGCAGAGAUUAAGACAUGAGAUCCUGCUGUCCCAGAGUGUCCGACAGGCGCUGCACUCAGGACACAAUCAGCUCAAAGACAUGUCUCUGCCGGUGCUGGAGGCCCGGGCCUGUGCUGCAGCCGGACAGAGCGGCCUGAUGGCCCUGUAUGAGGCCAUGUUCACCCAAUACAGCACUUGCACUGCACAGGUCCUGGUGACAAAUCUGGAUUUCCAUGAUGACCAAAAGAGGCAGAACCUGAACAGCACGCUGCAGGAGCUGCUCCGCAUGAACAUCGUGCCCAUCAUCAACACCAAUGAUGCCGUGGUGCCCCCGCCGGAGCCCAAUAGCGACCUGCAGGGGGUAAAUGUGAUCAGCAUUAAGGACAAUGACAGUCUGGCGGCGCGGCUAGCCGUGGAGAUGAAGGCUGACCUCCUCAUCGCACUGUCUGACGUGGAAGGACUGUACAACAGCCCCCCAGGAACAGAUGAUGCCAAGCUCAUUGACAUCUUCUACCCUGGAGACCAGCAGUCCAUCACCUACGGCACAAAGUCCAGAGUGGGGAUUGGAGGCAUGGAGGCCAAGGUAAAGGCUGCUCUCUGGGCCCUACAAGGUGGCACCUCAGUGGUCAUUGCAAACGGCACCCACCCCAAAGUAACAGGUCACGUCAUCACUGAUAUCGUGGAGGGCAAAAAGGUGGGGACCUUCUUCUCUGAGAUCAAACCUGCUGGCCCAACUGUGGAGCAUCAGACAGAAAUGGCUCGCACCUCUGGAAGAACCCUGGCCUCCCUGCACCCAGACCAGAGGAGUGAGAUCAUCUGCCAUCUAGCAGAGCUGCUGACUGAAAAGAAGGAGGAGAUUCUGGCUGCCAACAAGAUGGACAUGGACCUGGCUGUAAAUGCAGGCCAUUUACCGCCAGCCAUGUUGAAGCGUCUGAGCUUGUCACCUGCCAAACUCAACAGCUUGGCCAUAGGUUUGCGCCAGAUAGCCGUGGCCGCCCAGGACAGUGUGGGUCGUGUGCUGCGCAGGACCAGGGUGGCUCACAACCUGGAGCUGGAGCAGAUCACUGUGCCCAUCGGAGUUCUGCUGGUCAUCUUUGAGGCCCGGCCUGACUGCCUGCCGCAGGUGGCAGCACUGGCCAUAGCCAGUGGCAACGCCCUCCUUCUGAAGGGAGGCAAAGAGGCAGCCAACACCAACCGUGUCCUCCACCAGCUCACCCAGGAAGCCCUCUCCAUGCAUGGUGUCAGCGAGGCUGUGCAGCUGGUGAGCACUCGUGAGGAGGUGGAGGAUCUGUGCCGUCUGGACAAGAUGAUCGACUUGAUUAUCCCCCGAGGUUCGUCUCAGCUGGUGAGGAACAUUCAGCGGGCGGCCAAGGGCAUCCCGGUGCUGGGUCACAGUGAGGGUAUCUGCCACGUCUACGUCGAUGCAGAAGCCAGCGUUGACAAAGUCAUCAAAAUUGUCAGAGACUCCAAGUGCGACUACCCUGCUGCGUGUAAUGCCAUGGAAAGUCUACUGAUUCACAGGGACAUCCUCAGGACUCCACUGUUUGACCAGAUCAUUGACAUGCUGCGCACCGAACGGGUGAAGAUUCACGCAGGCCCUCGGUUCGCCUCCUACCUGACAUUCAGCCCAUCAGAGGCCAAGUCCCUGCGGGUAGAGUACGGUGACCUGGAAUGCUGCAUGGAGGUGGUGGACAGCAUGCAGGAAGCUGUGGACCAUAUUCACAAGUAUGGCAGCUCCCACACAGACGUUAUCAUCACAGAAAACGAGGAGACAGCGGAGCAGUUCCUGCAUCAGCUGGACAGCGCUUGUGUUUUCUGGAAUGCAAGCUCCCGUUUUGCUGAUGGCUACCGCUUUGGGCUGGGAGCAGAGGUAGGUAUAAGCACAGCUCGUAUCCAUGCCCGAGGCCCUGUUGGCCUGGAGGGGCUGCUCACCACCAAGUGGGUCCUGAGAGGCGACGGGCACACAGCAGCCGACUUCUCUGAGCAGGGUACCAUGAAGUACCUCCAUGAAAACCUGCCUGUCGGGCAGCCUCUCGCCGGGCAAAGGGACAGCAACUAGACCAGAGACUUUGACAGCACUCACAUGGCCUUAACUUUGGUCAGUAUGGUUUACACUGCCAGCCAGCAGCUCCCCCCCGGGGCCUUGUUGCAGAUAAUGGCUGAUGUCAUUGUUUUAAAGCUCUGAAGCACACAGCAUGGAGAGAGAAGCUCAACACACCUUUUUAUCCUUUUUAUCAGCACAUUCAGAAAGUUGUCCCUGUUCAGACUUCAGACUGGUACUAAGACUUUACAGUGUUAGAAAUUCUACCUCAGCUUAUAAUUCUUUUAUAUAAGAUGGGUAAAGUCAACCUCAUACAAGGCUGUUAAAUGAAGGCUGGGACAUGGCUUUUGACCCCACGGGAGCUAUGUGGUACGAUACUUAUGUUGUGUAACUGGAGCUGCGAUGCUGGAGAGAUACAGCAGGCAUCGUUAGAAAUGAAGCAAUGGUCUCCGAUCAGGUAGUCUAGCCUCCUUGGGUGCGCUUGGCUUGACAGACUUUUCCGGUGCACUUGAAUGGAUAGCAUUUGAUUUACAGAAUUUUAAUUCUACAUCUUUUUUUGAAAAUACAUUCCUACCUACGGCUGACUACAGACGCCUUAGUGAAAAAAUGAGUCAUUCCUAAAAUAGAGCACCAACUAUUCCGCCUUUUAGCAAGUGCAGACCAGAGGUGGUGUUCAAACAUUCUGACAAUCCUCUCAGAGAGCUCUUAACACAACCUAAACAUUUUGAGUAAGGAGUCCUAGCUUAGGAGUGAUUUAGGAAGGUUCUCAGAGCAACUCUGAGCAAGGAAGGGACAGAGACUUUUACCUUAGUGAAGAGGUGUGGUUGACCCGUUGCUAGGUAUGACACUUUUU